UUACGAGAAUCGCUGUCGCCUAGCUAUCGUGUUGCAGUCGACUUGCGCAGGCAUCCGCCGUCACGUGUCUGCCAGUUUCUCUGUCCAGGACCGAAGUUGGAGCUCUAAUACCACGACACUGCCGAGGCGCGGUUGCCCUCACGUCCACGACUGACGUGCGCCUCGCCGUCUCUCGCCAUCGCGCGCAUACCUUUACUUCCCACAUCACGCCCUUGAAUAUCGCAUCCCUGCCCCAAAUAUGGAGGCAACACGAGGACCCCCGCGGGUCAAGAAUAAGGCCGCAGCGGCUGUCCAGAUCUCCGCCGAACAGCUGCUUCGAGAAGCCGUCGACCGUCAAGAUGAGAAGCUCAAGGCGCCAACGCAAAGGUUUGCGGAUAUUGAAGAGCUCCAUGAGUUCCAAGGUCGCAAGAGGAAGGAAUUCGAGGACUAUGUACGGCGGAACCGCAUCAACAUGAACAACUGGAUGCGCUAUGCUUCCUGGGAACUCGAGCAGAAGGAGUUCAGGCGCGCACGAUCCAUCUUCGAGAGAGCUUUGGACGUAGACUCCACGUCAGUCCCAUUAUGGCUGAGGUACAUCGAGAGCGAGAUGAAGCAUCGCAACGUCCAGCAUGCCCGCAACCUUCUCGAUCGCGCCGUUACCAUUCUCCCACGAGUCGACAAGCUAUGGUACAAGUAUGUCUACAUGGAGGAGACGCUUGGUAACAUUGACGGUGCCCGCUCAGUCUUCGAACGCUGGAUGCAAUGGGAGCCGGAAGAGGCCGCAUGGAGCUCAUACAUCAAGCUGGAGAAGCGCCACGGCGAAUUCGAGCGAUGUCGCGCAAUUUUCGAGCGCUUUACAGUUGUACACCCCGAACCCAAGAACUGGAUCAAAUGGGCCAAGUUCGAGGAGGAAAACGGCACCAGCGAUCUUGUACGCGACGUCUACGGCACCGCCGUCACGACCCUCGGAGAUGAGUUCAUGGACGAGAAGCUUUUCAUGGCAUAUGCAAAGUUCGAGGCAAGACUGAAAGAGCUGGAACGUGCUCGAGCCAUUUACAAAUUCGCCCUCGAUCGCAUGCCAAGGUCGAAAUCGGUUAAUCUACACAAGGCCUUUACGACGUUCGAGAAGCAAUUCGGAGACCGGGACGGUAUUGAAGAUGUUAUCUUGUCUAAACGGCGGGUUCAUUAUGAGGAGCAGAUUAAGGAGAACCCAAAGAACUAUGAUAGUUGGAUUGAUUUCGCCAGGCUGGAAGAGACGUCUGGUAACCCCGACCGAGUGAGAGACGUUUACGAAAGAGCCAUUGCUCAAAUUCCCCCAACGCAAGAAAAGCGCCAUUGGAGACGGUACAUAUAUCUCUGGCUCUUCUACGCCGUCUGGGAAGAAACUGCAUCUCACGACAUUGAACGAACACGCCAAAUUUACCAAGAGUGCAUACGCCUGCUCCCCCACAAACGCUUCACAUUCGGCAAAGUGUGGUUAGCAUUCGCUCAUUUCCUGGUUCGACAAGGUGAACUCACCGCUGCACGCAAACUACUCGGUCAGAGUUUGGGUAUGUGUCCAAAAGACAAGCUGUUCAAGGGCUACAUUGAGCUAGAAAUGAAGCUCUUCGAGUUCAAUCGCUGCCGCCAGCUCUACACAAAGUAUAUUGAAUGGAACGGCUCAAACUGCCAUACCUGGAUCAACUUUGCCAACCUAGAGCGCGGUCUCGAUGAUCUCGACCGCGCACGCAGCAUCUUCGAAAUAGCAGUCGAACAAACUGACAUGGAUAUGCCGGAAGUGCUGUGGAAAGCAUACAUCGACUUUGAAGAGGGAGAGGGUGAAUACGAGCGUACACGCGCAUUGUACGAGAGGUUGUUGGAGAAGACGGACCAUGUCAAGGUGUGGCUGUCUUAUGCGCAAUUCGAGUUGGGAGUUCCAGAUGAGACCACAGCAGAAGACGACGACGACACAAUCAGCGACGCCGCCAAAGCCCGUGCGCGCAACAUCUUCGACAGAGCGCAUGGCAAGCUCAAGGAACGCGACCUCAAGGAAGACCGUGUGGCACUGCUCAGCGCCUGGAAGGCGUUUGAGGAUGUACAUGGUACCGAGGAAGACAAGAAGAAGAUUGAGGGACAGAUGCCAAGAAAGGUCAAGAAGAGGAGGAAGCUCGACGACGACAGCUUCGAGGAGUAUGUCGAUUACGUCUUCCCUGCGGACGACGAGAGCGCUGCGAAAUUGUCAAAGUUGUUGGCCAAUGCCCAGAAGUGGAAGAUGGCGCAGGCGCAGGCAGCGCAGGCAGCGCAAGGUGCGGGAGGAGAGAAUGGGGACGGCGAGUAAGGGGUGGAGUGGUGCCAAAGAGGAGGGAAAAGAACGUGUUUGUAGAAUAAGACUAAUCAGCAUCGUUGAUCUACGAGUAUUGCGCGCGUACCGGAAGGACGACGCGCGAGAGGCCAAUCAGAAGCCGGUUCGCCCUAUGCGCGACACCAUGUCCAAUAACGGUGAAUUAAAAGAAAUGUGAAAGUUCAACGAAGUCUUUCAGCAAGAAGGAUCGAGAGGACGAACGUGUUCGAGAAGGUAAAAGGAGUACGAGAGGCGAUACGAAUACGCGGUUCGUGACGAUCCCAGCGACUUGUGGCUAAGCUGUCAAGCUGCUAGAGGAGGAAUCUCGAAUUUAUUUAUUUGAAGUUUGUUGAGCUCUAGGUAUGAACUUCUACGAUUUCACUUCCCGCUGUCUUUAUUCUACAUUCAACCUAAGUCUCGUGCGCUAAUGUUCAAU